GGAACUUGGACUGCCACUUUACCUGCAGACGAGAACCAAACGUGGCGAACGUCGGCCAGUCAAAUUCAUCGGCCAGUGAACAAUUACAAUUUUUGAUGUUCGAUCCGCGUGCGCGCGUCCUCGCUUUAUAGUUCAAAUUUUCGAUACAUUUUUUUUUUCCCACCUUUUUUUUUUCCCCCUGGUUAUUCUUUUUCUCAUCCUCCUACUCCGGAUCGCGAUAAGCUGCACCUCCGCGUCCCACUCCCACCCGAUGGUGAAUUUUGUGAAUAAUAUCGUUUUUCAAAUUGAAACUUGUCAGUUAAAAAUCAUCGUCCAAAUGCUACGGGAGGAUUUGUUGAGUUCGAGAAAAAUUUACACAAGCUAAUGAGCGAUGCUCACUAAUAGAUUACGAUGACUUUACACAGGAUUCAAUACCGAGGAUACUUUAUGGUGUUUAAUACUGCAAUUGUUUUCACCGUUUUAUGGAUAUCCACGAUAAAUAAUUGCGAUGGUGUUCAAUACAACAAUUAUACGGAAAAACAGAGGUACGAUGGCUGGUACAACAACCUCGCUCACCCGGACUGGGGAUCCGUUGACAGCAGACUUAUCCGCAAAGCACCCGCCGCUUAUUCGGACGGAGUUUAUAUGAUGGCGGGACAGGAUCGACCUUCGUCGAGAAAAUUGAGUGAUCUCUUUAUGCAAGGCGAGGAUGGAAUCCCAUCGGUUAAAAAUAAAACCGCUUUGUUCGCCUUUUUUGGGCAGCUGGUUUCGGCAGAGAUUAUAAUGGCGAGCGAGAGCGGUUGCCCGAUUGAAUUUCAUCGGAUAGAAGUUGAAAAAUGCGACUCCGUUUUUGAUAAGGAUUGUCAAGGGAAUAAAUACAUUCCGUUUCAAAGAGCUGAUUACGAUCGGGAAACCGGACACAGUCCCAACAGUCCUAGAGAACAGAUUAACAAAGUCACCAGUUGGAUAGAUGGAAGUUUCAUAUACUCGAGCAGCGAGGCAUGGACGAAUACAAUGAGAUCGUUCAAAAACGGCAGCUUUCUUAUGGAACCAAAAAAACAAUUCCCCGUACGUAACACCAUGAGAGCACCGCUCUUCAAUCACGCCGUACCAAACGUCAUGAGGAUGCUGAAUCCUGAACGAUUGUUUCUGCUCGGUGAUCCGAGGACGAAUCAAAAUCCACCGCUACUUGCAUUCGGCAUUCUAUUUUAUCAAUGGCACAACGUGAUAGCGGCGCGUGUACAAAAACAAAAUCCAGAUAUAUCGGACGAAGAAGUUUUUCAAAGAGCGCGAAGGGUGGUCGUCGGCACUUUGCAAAACAUUAUAAUGUACGAAUAUCUGCCGAAUUUAUUGGGCGAGGAAUUGAAAUCUUAUUCUGGUUACAAACCGGAUCUUCACCCAGGAAUAAGUCACCUAUUUCAAAGCGCUGCUUUUCGGUACGGUCAUAGUUUGAUACCUCCCGGAAUCUAUAGAAGAGAUGAAUCUUGCAAUUUUCGAAAAACUAACAUGGGAAAACCAGCGAUGAGGCUGUGCGCCACAUGGUGGGACUCGAACGAAGUUCUGGCGAACAGUACGAUAGAAGAAUUGAUAAUGGGAAUGGCGUCUCAAUUAGCUGAGAAAGAAGACAGUUUGUUAUGUUCGGACGUGAGAAACAGUCUGUUUGGUCCGAUGGAAUUUUCUCGUAGAGAUCUCGGAGCGUUGAAUAUAAUGAGGGGUCGAGACAACGGUCUUCCAGAUUACAACACAGCUAGAGCGCACUUCAAGUUACCCCGUAGAAAAACAUGGAACGAAAUAAAUCCGACUUUGUUCAACAAAAAUCCGGAGCUCCUUCGUUCGCUCAUGGAAAUUUACUCGAAUGAUUUGAACAACAUCGACGUUUACGUGGGAGGAAUGUUAGAGUCAACCGAUGGACCUGGAGAGUUAUUUGCAGCGGCAAUUAGGGACCAAUUUACUCGACUGAGAGACUCCGAUCGUUUUUGGUUCGAGAACCUCGACAACGGGAUAUUUACGAAGAGUGAAAUUGAGGAGAUUCGCAAAGUGAAAUUUUGGGAUAUCGUUACCAACACCACCGCCAUAUCACCGAACGCUGUACAAAGGAAUCUUUUCACCUGGAUGGAAAACGAUCCUUGCCCACAACCCUUUCAAUUAAAUUCAUCGGUACUUGAAUCCUGCAUGCCUUUGCAGCGGUACGACUACUUCGAGGGUAGCGAACUCGUCUACAUCUACGCCUGCGUUUUCUUGGGUUUUAUACCAAUAUUUUGCGCCGGCGUUGGUUACGGUCUCGUCAAAUUGCAGAACAGGAGACGGAGACGUUUGAAAAUACUCCAAGAAGAAAUACAAAAACGUAGCGACGGUAGAAUUUGCGUGGACAAAAUGAUAGUCAGGGAAUGGCUCCACGCGAAUUACAGACGACUGGUCAAGGUGAAAUUCGGACCGGAAGCCGCACUGCAUGUCGUUAACAGAAAGGGAGAAAAACUUCGAACUUUUCAUUUCAACAACUUGAACUCGAUCACCAUCGAAGAAUCUCAGGAAAGUGAGAAUAGCCAUCGCAAGCCAUUGGUAUUACUGAGAAUACCCCGUGAUUACGAUCUCGUCCUUGAACUGGAUUCACUAAGCUCACGUAGAAAGUUUAUUGCAAAAUUGGAAUCAUUUUUAACGUCGCAUAACAAACACUUCACCCUGAUACGAACCAAUCGUGACAUAAUGCUAGCCAAAGCGGAAACCAAGGAACGAAGGCAAAAGAAAUUGGAACAGUUUUUCAGGGAAGCUUACGCGUUAACUUUCGGUCUGAGACCCGGUGAAAAACGUCGUAGAUCCGAAGACAGCGACAGCGGUGAAGUCGUAACCGUCAUGAGGACGUCGUUGUCAAAAAGUGAAUUUGCGAGCGCCCUCGGGAUGCGUCCAGACGCGGUUUUUGUACAAAAAAUGUUCAACAUCGUGGACAAAGACAGCGACGGUCGAAUUUCGUUUCAGGAAUUUUUGGACACCGUGCUCUUGUUUUCGCGGGGUAAAACUGAGGACAAGUUACGGAUAAUAUUCGACAUGUGCGACAACGACAGUAACGGUGUGAUAGACAAAGAAGAAUUGUCGGAGAUGUUGCGAUCUUUGGUAGAGAUAGCGCGUACCACCAGUCUGAGCGAUGAUCACGUGACGGAAUUAAUAGACGGAAUGUUCCAGGAUGCCGGAUUGGAGAGAAAGGAUUACCUGACCUACAACGAUUUCAAGGUCAUGAUGAAGGAGUACAAGGGUGAUUUCGUGGCCAUCGGGCUCGACUGCAAAGGGGCGAAACAAAACUUUCUCGAUACCUCAACGAACGUCGCUCGAAUGACCAGCUUUCACAUAGAUCAAUUACCGCCCGAGGCCACGAAAAGUUGGGCGAGAAAACAGUGGGACGGAAUAUCGACAUUUCUCGAAGAGAAUCGGCAAAAUAUUUUUUACCUCUUCAUAUUCUACGUGAUAACAAUCGCACUUUUCGUCGAGAGAUUCAUACAUUAUUCAUUCAUGGCUGAGCACACGGAUUUGAGGCACAUAAUGGGGGUGGGAAUCGCGAUAACGAGAGGAUCCGCGGCCGCUCUGUCUUUCUGUUACAGUCUUUUGCUGCUCACCAUGUCGCGGAAUCUUCUCACAAAACUCAAAGAAUUCUCCAUUCAACAGUACAUACCGCUCGACUCUCACAUACAAUUUCACAAGAUCGCUGCGUGCACGGCACUUUUUUUCUCGGUUCUUCACACCGUUGGUCACAUAGUUAAUUUUUAUCACGUGUCAACUCAGCCGAUUGGAAAUCUUCGCUGUUUAACCAGCGAAGUCAGUUUCCCCAGCGACGCCAGACCGACUAUUACCUUCUGGUUGUUCCAGACCGUCACAGGUCUCACCGGGAUACUUUUGUUCGUCGUCAUGACAAUUAUUUUCGUAUUUGCCCAUCCGACGAUACGCCAAAAGGCUUACAAAUUCUUUUGGUCAACCCACAGUCUUUACGUCCUGCUCUACGCGUUAUCUCUGGUCCACGGUCUCGCCCGGCUGACGGGGGCUCCGAGAUUUUGGAUAUUUUUUAUCGGGCCAGCAACGGUUUAUGCCCUUGACAAGAUCGUCAGUCUUCGCACGAAGUACAUGGCGUUGGACAUAAUCGAGACAGAAUUGCUUCCAUCUGACGUAAUAAAAAUAAAAUUUUAUCGUCCGCCGAACCUGAAGUACUUGUCCGGUCAGUGGGUACGUCUCUCGUGUACCGCGUUCGAAACGAACGAGUUUCACUCGUUCACCCUCACGUCGGCACCGCACGAGAAUUUUUUAUCGUGUCACAUAAAGGCGCAGGGUCCCUGGACCUGGAAAUUGCGCAAUUAUUUUGACCCGUGCAACUUCAACCCCGAAGACGAACACCCGAAAAUACGAAUCGAGGGACCAUUCGGCGGAGGUAAUCAAGACUGGUAUAAAUUUGAAGUCGCUGUUAUGGUGGGCGGUGGCAUAGGAGUCACGCCGUACGCUUCGAUGCUCAAUGACCUUGUCUUCGGAACGUCAACAAACAGAUAUUCUGGGGUUGCCUGCAAGAAAGUGUAUUUCCUGUGGAUUUGCCCUUCGCACAAACACUUCGAGUGGUUCAUAGACGUUUUAAGGGACGUCGAGAGAAAGGAUGUUACCGAUGUAUUGGAGAUACAUAUAUUCAUAACGCAGUUCUUUCAUAAGUUCGAUCUUCGCACAACGAUGUUGUACAUAUGCGAGAACCAUUUUCAAAGGUUAUCGAAAACUAGUAUAUUCACGGGGCUGAAGGCGAUAAAUCAUUUCGGCAGACCCGACAUGACGUCGUUCCUGAAAUUUGUGCAAAAAAAGCACAGCUACGUCAGCAAAAUCGGUGUUUUCAGUUGCGGCCCUCGGCCCCUGACAAAAAGCGUGAUGCUGGGAUGCGAUGAAGUUAACAAGGGACGACGUCUUCCUUACUUCAUCCAUCACUUUGAAAAUUUUGGCUAGAAGAUUCGUUUCCCUCAGGGUCGAUAUGAGCGACCGCGCGUCUGUCUCGUCACUCUCACAGUCUCGAUUCGCGCAGCGUACAUACGUGUAAAUACAAACCAGAAGAAGCUCGGACGAAUGAGCGAUAAACCGAUGAAAAGCUGCGUGGUUUUCUAGCGUCCGUAAAACACGUUCUACCAGUUUUGAACAAAUAUUGUAAGAUAAAUACACCGAGAACCACGCAACGCGGUUGUUUCUAUAAGCAUAUCAUAAUAUAGUGAGAAACUCGAAUCAAUCGCUCCGGUGUCCUAAGCGAUGCGUUCGUAGUUCGAAGAAAAUAAAUUGUAUUAUAUAUAUUUAUGUUAUUCUAAGUAUUUAAUAUACGCACAUCUGUUAGGUCAGUAAUAAGUUAUUGUCAAAAAUUAAAUUCAUCGAUUAUUAUUCAA